AUGAUAGUUAAUCAAUUUCUUCAACUAUUCAAAGAAGUAUGUCUUAACUACAUCCAUUCAGUGUUAUAUCAUCACCAGGUAUAUCCUUCGUUUGUGUUCGAACAACGAAGAACAUUCAAUCAAAUCAAUUACUUCUCCAAAUCCCCCAAAUUGAACGAUCAUUUGAACAGUUUCAUAGACGACGUCACCAAACUCCUUGUAAAACAACAAUUGAUGGAGUUCAAGAUUGUGCUAAUGGUGGAUUCCACGGUCUAUGACAUCUAUACUGUGGAAUUUACGGACAUUGUUCAUUUAGCCGCCAAAGGUGAUAGCCAAAUCGAUAUUCCUGAUGAUAAAGUGUAUAGAGAGUUGAAUACUUUCAUCUACAAUCAUGUCAAUUACCUUAAGUCAGUCAGGACCAGAGAAGAUACCACAUUCAAACUUCUCCUCCAUACAAAUGCCAUUGAUUAUAGUGAUUCUCCAUCGAUUGAUUGUCAUAAAGUAGAGGUUUUAGAUGAUGUUAAUUUAGGAGUGAUGAACUUUAACUCCACCCAUCGAUUCAACUAG